AUGUACAAUAUCCAUGUCGACGAAGGGCCCCCAGCGGCGGUCAGGAAGCUGUGCAUGCGUGGCCUCGGUCUACUACUGGGCCCAUGGUCGAGGAGCGCUCUCACAGCAUCGACACUAAGAAUUUCAUCCGCCAAGAAAUUGAUUGCGGACGCGGAGCUCUUCUGCGAGGAGGUUGAUGCGUCGCUUUCGCUGGCCAUCACCAGGCGCGGGUUUCUCACAGCGUCGGAGGAGAAGGCUGUGUCCGGUGGUGACAGGUUCUGGAGACGGGCAGGGAUGUCGUUUAUGCCCGGGCACGCUUUGGUGCUGUUACCUCCGGUGCUGUGGCACGCUAGAGCAGCACAACGUCCGUGA